CUGCGUUGCAGCUUCUUGGUCGGUCACCGCCCCUUCCUCUUACAACCGCUUUUCAAAACCCGCUACAAGCCGGAGGAGGAUGAUACAGCCGCGGACACAAAGCAGCCAGCAGCAAAACCCUGACAGCUACUUUUUCUGUAAUGUUAGGGAACAAAAUGCUGCUAUCGACAAAUUAGCUGCUCGUCAAACUUGCCGGAGCGGAAGGAUUACCUGCACUGUAGCGGGAGAAAUGUUGUAGUUUAAAGUUUUUUUUAGAGGUGUGUUUAAUCAGCAAAUUUCACUCGAGGAAGGAGCCAGCUGUCCGCAAAGUUUCGACACUUUGGGCAGGGUGCUGUCCUGUGGGAUGGAUGACGGGCAAGAGCAGGACCAGUACGAGGAGCGGCUGAAAGAAGUUUUUAACAGCUUUGACACUAGCGGCUGUGGCUCUCUGUGCACAGAGGAGCUCUCCGACCUCUGUCAGUCGCUGCACCUUAAUGAUACCGCACCAGCUCUUCUCCAGACUCUGCUCCAGAACCAGGACCGCCUCACUGCCAGGGUUGACUUUGAACAGUUCAAGGAUGCUCUUAUUCUGGUUUUGUCAUCAUCCAUCGAGCCACCUCAGGAAGAACAGGAAGUCCUGCCAAAACCAGAGUCUCCUGAGAUCAAACCAAAGUUUGUGAAAGGCGGUAAACGUUAUGGCCGCCGUUCCACACCAGAGUUAAUAGAGCCUAUUUCAGACUUGACUGAAACCACACACGUAAAACCAGCCGACGAGGAGGAUUUGGAGGACAACUAUGACUCAGCUGUUCCCAGGAAACGUGAGCGCUGGAAUGCUCACGAAACAAGCACAGAGGAAUAUGAGGCAGAAGGUCAGAUGCAUCUCUGGAACCCAGAUGAGCCGAACACGCCUCGGGGAUCCAUUGUUCCCCUAUCAACUCAUUUAGAGGAGAGGCUGCGUGAAGCCUGUGAGGAGAUGGCGAUACAAUGGGACGGAUGUGCUGGUCACAGUGAACUGCUUGCUCUCUGUGAGCAUUUGGGUCUGGAGGUGAAUGGAGAUGUGCUCCUGAGCCUAUCUGCUGAUGGAAUGAUGACUGUUCAGGAGUUUGUAUCCAGGGUUGCAAACCACAACAAACCCCCCACGCCAUCAGCCUCAACACCCUACAGACAGCUUAAACGGCAUCACUCCACUCAGCCUUUUGAUGAGGGAGGACGGAGGAUAGCUACGCCCUCUUCUUUAACCAGCACCAUUGGCAUGCGUCUGUUCUCCUCUCUUGAUGAUGGCACCGGUUACACUCCUGUGGAGUACAUCCUGGAUGCCUGGAUAGAAGACGGAAUAGAAAACAGCACUGAGAUCCUGCAGGCUUUGAACUUUGAGCUGGAUGGAAAACUGAGUCUUGGUGAUCUCACCAUGGCACUUGAAAAUGAGCUACUCGUUACUAAGAAUGGGAUUCACCAAGCGGCACUGGCGAGCUUCAAAGCUGAGAUCAGAUAUCUCCUAGAGCGUGUAGACAGAGCGCUCAGAGAGAAAGAGAAAAUCCGAUCUGAUCUGGAAAAAGCAGAGAAGCAGAAAACACAGCUUGCCACUGAGGUGGAUGAGCAUCACUCUGCAAUUGAGCACAUGAAUAACCUCAAUCUCAGGAAGCUUGAGCAGGACCACAAAGAGAAGCUAGCAGCAGUAAAAUCUGAGCUGUUGAGGGAGAUGGAGCAGAUUCAGCAGCAGGCUUGCCUGCAGCGUGACGAGCUGGAGGCAGAGAUCGAGAAAAUCAGGGAGGAUGAAUCUUUCCUCCGAGACCACCUCUCCAUCUCAGUGAAGGAGAACAGACGUCUGGAGAUGGAGUUACUGGACAGCAAUGAAAAACUAGUUGACGCUCAAAACCAAAUUACCAAACUCCAGACAAGUUUGGACAACAUCAUGAAAGAUAAGUUUGGUGAUCUGGACCCUAACAGCGCAGACUUCCUCCUCCAAGAGGAGCGUAUUAAACAGCUACGCAGUGGCUACGAAGCUCAGUGCAGGGAAUUACAGGAUCGUAUUGAUGAGCUGCAGUCGGAGCUGCAGGAGUUCCACAGCCUCGGCCGAACUCAUCAGUCUUGUCAGAAACCUCUCUCCGAGGAGCUGGAGAGUAAAAGCCCAGGAAUGGAGUCUGACCCAGGUCUCGGUUCAGAGGAGGUUCAGCCUUUCAGUAUGAGCCUAGAAGCAGAGAUGAUGCUGGAGCAGCUGAAGGAGCAGCACCUGUGUGAAAUCGAGGAAUUGCGAAACCAGCUGGAAAUCAAGAUGAAUGAAUUUAACAACAUGGUGGAAAAACAGAGGGUGAACCAUGAAGACCAGAAAGCUGCCUUGGCGAACCUCCACCAGCAGGAGGUUCAGGCUUUAAGAGAUGAGAUGGUCAACAUUCAGAGCCAUGCACAGCAGCUGCAGAGUCAGCUGGAGGAGGUACAGCUGGAGAGGAGUUUACUGGAGGAGAAACAGACAGAGGAAAGGGAAGAGCUUAAGAAUCUGCAAGAAGAGGAGUUGGUAAAACUAAGAAACCAGCUCCUGGAGGCCCAGACUCUCAUUGCAGACCUGAAAGAGCAGCUGAAGACCCUAAGAGUUCAACAGACAGAGACUGAUGAAAGUCUUCAGACUGAGAUUGAGAAGCUGAGGACUCAACAUGACACAGAGCUUAAGAAACUAAAGGAUGAGCAUGCAGAGCUGUUUGAAACCAGACUAGCAGAGGAGAGAAAGGAAUUACAAGAGGAAAAGGCUGAUUUGGAGAAGAGAUUAUUAGAUGAUUGGGAAAGCAAGAAGAAAUUGUUGCUAGAAAGCCAUGAGGAGAAGCUAAGUGAUAAACUAGAGGAGGUAAAAUUGAAAUUUGAGGAGGAGCGUGAGGAAUUGGUGAAAACGCUGACAGAGGAGUGGCAGAAAGAGAGGGCUCAGCUCGAUCAGCAGAAUGGCGAGUCUUUACAGAUGCUGCUUGAGGAAGAGAUGUUGAGACUCGUCAAGGAGCAAGAAGAGAAGGAGAGCAGUCUGAGGGAGCAGUGGGAGAGGGAACGAGCUCGGCUUCAGGAGCAUCACGAGGCGGCGCUGCUCGAAAAAAUACUCGAGGAGAGGUCGCAGCUACAGGAGAAGUUUGAGCAGAGGGAGAAAAAGCUGAAGGAGGAGUGGGAGAGGGAGAGACUCCAACUGGAGGAGGAUUAUGAAGGGAUGAUCCAGGAUAGGAUAAAUGAGGAGAGGGAGAAGUUUGAGACGGAGAGGGAGGAGGUGGAGAAAAGACUGGAAAGUUUGACAGAGGAGAAGGCGCGUCUGGAGGAGAGCCAUCGAGAAGCCGUGAAGGAGCUGAGUGUCAAGCACAUAGAGGAAAGGGACACACUCGGCGCCAUGUUAGACAAACUACGAGAUGACAUCGCCCAGGAGAGAUCUGAAGCCAGUCGUCUUGCUGAAGAAAACGUCAUCCUCAGGCAAAAGAUCGCUGCAUUGAAAGAAGAGGACUUAAAGGAAGUCCAGCAAGAGUUGACACAAACAUGGGAGCACCUGAAGAAAGAGAAGCUAGCAGCUCAAAAAGCAUCAGAGAAUUUCCAGAAACAGAUUGCAGAGCUGCGUUUGCAGAGUCAGCAGAUGGAGGAUGCGAAUGGGAUGCUGUCAGAGAAAAAUGCCCAAAAUACUGUCGGUAUGGAGAGUCUACGACAGCAGCUGGCAGAACUGAUAAAGGAAAACGAGAGGAGGGAAGCUGCUUCUGCUGAAGAGAAAAACAAGCUGGCAGCUUGUGUGUCUGCUCUGGAGGCAGAGUUGACCAAAGCUCUGGAGGACACUGCACAGCUGGAGGAGAGGAAUAUCCAGCUGUCACAGAAGCUCUCUGACCUCAGAGAGAAGGCAAUCAUGGCGGGCACAAUGGAGAGUCACCUCAGCCACCUCGUAGAGGAGCGGAAGAGUGUGGAUAAGGAGACUGUAGGGCUGCGCAACCAGCUAGCCAAAGCUCAAGAGAAGGUCAAGACUAUGGAAGAAACUCUUCAGACUGUCAACCAUCAAAGUGCUCGUCUGAAGUCGGACCUUCGUGUCUCGCAACAAGAGAGGGAUUCUCUAAAACAUGAAGUUGCAUUGCUACACAAACAGCUGCAGAAUGCUAUAGAUAAAAACCGUGUUUUGGAGAUUGCCCUGCACUCGAGCGGUCUGCAGAAUCACAGCAAGAAGCUGUACAGAGAUGAGAUGUCUCGGCUGAUGGAGCAGGAGCAGCAGCUACUGAGGCAAGAAAACGAGAGACUUCAAGCUGAAGUGUGCAGCAUCAAAGGAGACCUCCUCCAGUCCAGAGAAAAAGUCCGUCAGCUUGAUGCUACCAUACUGUCCCUGAAGCAGCACAAACAUCAGAGUCAGUCCUCCCUGAUGAAGGCCUUGGAACAGGAAAACUUCUCUCUUAAAAAGGAGCUUGAAGCACAAAGGGAGCUUACCAUGGGCUGUGAAGGUGGACAAAGACGCACUGAGCUGGAGAGCCUUCAGCAAGAAAACGAGGCGCUCAAGGCUCAGCUGGCUCGACUAACAACACAGCUGCUUGAGACUUUUCAGGCACAAUUCAUGGGACUCCUGCCUCCAUCACCUCACAGGAUGCCCAGAGGACAGCACCGUGGUGACGAUCCAGACAACAUGCAGGAUGAAAGGGAGACGAAGAUGAAGCGCAUGGAGGAACGAAUGAAGGAAAUAGAGUUGUCUCUGCAUAAUGUCAAGCUGCUGCUCAAAGAGAAAGUUGCUCAACUCAAAGACCAGCUGCACAAGAAUGGCAAAGCGGACGUACUAAUCAAAGAUCUGUAUGUGGAGAAUGCCCAGCUGCUGAAGGCUCUGGAGAUAACUGAGCAACGUCAGAAAAUCGCGGAGAAGAAGAACUACCUGCUGGAGGAGAAGAUCUCCAGCCUCAAUAAGAUAGUGUGUGACCUAAACCCGUCACAUCUUCCGCUGCCGUACCAUUAUAAAUGAUCACAAGGGAUUAACUUGAAAUGUGUGUCAAAGUCAAUAUUUGCACUGUAUCUUUACUAAAUACUUUUAUUUUAUUAUAUUUAUCACUGCUGCAAACUUUAUGCAGCAGAUUCUGCCAAUUCAUGAGAACUGGUGGUUUUAUGUUAAAUAUGCAGUAUUUUUGUCCAUUUAAUUCUAACCAGUAAUUAAUGGGACCCAUAAAUAAUUAAAUAUGAGGUCAAACUGCAAAGAAGACAUGACUUUUUACAGUUAUUUAUAUUUUUAAAGCACUAUUACCUAUUAGUAAAUAUCUUACCUUUAAACUUGCUCUCUGUCCAAAGAGAGGAAAAACAAUUAUGAAGUGUACUUUUUAUACAAGUGUUCUGUGUUUGAACUGUCCAAAAGUUGUUUCUCUAGCCCUAUUGUAAAAGAAUAAAUAGAAACCUGUCGUUCGGUAGUAAAAUCAUGCAAACUGAGAAGUCAAAUCAUGUUUUACCUAACACUACUUGAAAUUGAAAAGACUUUAAAUGUCUAUCAAGUGGCAAUAUUUUACAUGUCAUUUUACUUUUAAAGGAAAUUGUAUGAUCUGUUGCAAUAUGUAAAGGUGUACAGGCUAUGUGAUUAUGGUUGUUCUGGCUUGAAAGAAAGUACCUUGUUAUUGUAAUUAAUUGUAAUCUGCAUUUAUUGCAGAGUAAGCAUUAGAGUUAAGACAGGGUAAUGGCUGUGCUACAGAUAUAAAUAAAAUGAAUGGAUUGUGUUUGGUGGUUUGUAAGUUAUGGCUUUUUUUCAUUGGACAUACACAUGAUAACAAUAAAUGUGAUUCAAGCAAAAUCAACAUAUUUAAAAUUCAUGCCAACCAUCCAUGGCAGGAAUGUCAAACUUAUUUUACAUUGUGGUCCAACAUCCAGCUAAAGCUGUGGCCUAAUAACAUGUUAGAAGAUGCCUCUUAAUUAUUCCCCUUUCUUUCAGUGUAAAAAAGUUCAGAUAAAUAUUAAACAACUGAGAUGUCUUAACAAAAAAAAGUGUAUUUUCAACAGUACGUCUCACUCUUUGCUGACAAAUUUCUUUAUAAUGUACAUUCUUUAGGUUUAUGUCUGAGUAAAUGAUUACAGCUACAGAAAAAAAAA